AAUGACCAAUGCUUUCACCUUCCGCGUGCUUCCGCUCAAACGAGUAUUUUGCUAAUAACAACUUUUGAAUAUCGAGGCGACGUGAGGUUGGUGAUACGCUCGAGUCGCUUAAAGAGCUUUUAGGGCAUUUUAGGGUGACCCUCGUUAUCGCGGCGUCUCGGAAGCUCGGAACUCGGAAGAUCGUCCCACUUAACAUUGCCGGGGCCCGGGGCAACGUCUGAACGUCUGAACGUCUCGGCGUGUUAAUGCCGCCGUGUUUGCCACAUAUCCAAGACGCGGUGCGAACCGAUCAUGAAAUUUCACUGCACGGUCGAGAUCCAUGACAGAACGUUGUCCGUCUGCUCACAGAGACGAUCGCAGUCGAUCUUGGCGUUCACGAAGAAAUCAGACAGGAACAACGAAGUGUACCUGUAUCUGCAAACGCGACAGAAAAAGCAGGGCACGAGAUAUCAGAUUGUCAACAAUGUAGAACAGGUGUUUACCAAGUUUAUCGCUGAUGGCAAAGUUACGAUAAGACUAACGCGACCGUGUCACGAUCUGAUCAUUCAGAGUACGUCGAUUCACGUAAAGAGCUUCAUUCAUGUACUGAAUCUUAUAAGAAACGCACAGUUUCAACAUCACGACAUGGUUGUAAAGGACAUUGUAAAGAGUGUAACUCUUACGCCUAACGUGUUUUUCAACUCGAGUGAAUUCUGCCUGGUAAAAACGAAAGUUGUGGUGAAUAAAAAAUCUGAGUAUCCGACUUUGCAAGGUUUCCCAAGAACGACGGAGCAGCUAAUUUUAAGAGGCCUGGACAGAAAGUCGUUUGAUCGGCAAAUUUUGCGUCUGCAAAGUCUAAACGUUCUAGAUCUAUCGGACAAUAAGAUCUCCUAUCUGCCGAGGGAGGUAGGCACCUUACCUCACCUUCAACAGCUUGUACUAUCGCGGAAUACGCUUGGAAAGUCGCCUGGAUCCAAGUGGGCAUGGCUAGAACAAACUGCCAUUAAGCACACGUUACAAUUCUUAGAUAUAAGUGACAAUUCGCUGACUGAGUUGCCGAUACAAAUCAGAAACCUAAAUGCCUUGGCACAUUUGAAGGUUAGCCAAAACGAGUUGGCGUAUCUACCACAUAAUAUCGGAGCUCUGCGAAAUCUGAAAGUUUUGGACGUGGCGAGAAACCGUUUGUCGUAUUUACCAGCUACCAUCACGCAUCUACGACUACAGUUUUUAGAUGUUACGGAAAAUCCAUUUACCCAUGACACUAAAACGUACGUUCAUGGUACGGAGAGUACAACGAGCAUAAGAAUGCCAAGCCUUGUUGACGUGUCAGCGAAAAGUAUCCUGAAAUCUAGGAUAACAUACGAUGCAAGUACAAUACCGUAUACAUUAGUCGAAUAUUUAGAUGAAGCGAAAUGCUGCUACUUAUGCAGAACUGCCUGCUUUGCGUGUUAUAUAAGGAAGCUCAUACGUCUACCUCUGCUACUUGUUGAGAUAAAAACGUCGGUGGGUACAGCUUUAAAAUUUGAAUCUUAUUUCUGCUCGUUACCUUGCGCUAGUACGUACCCUGUGUAAGUCACUUUUUCUUUAUUAGUUCUUUCUCAGUUUUACGUCCAAUACGCAAUAAAAUUUAAUAAAAAAUUUAAAAACGUACAAGUUGUUAAAAAAAUUUGUAAUAAUCCCCCAUUUGCCUGUACAAAGUACGUGCACUCUUAUUUAUAUUAUAUUUAUUACAUUUACCCGUGAUGUGAACUGAUCAGACCAAAAUCAUUGCUCAAGAUCAAAUGUAAGAACGACAUGAUAUAAUUUUUAUUCAUAGACUAUUUUUAUAUACCUUUUUACGCGUGUUGUUUUAUCUUAUUGAUUGUAUAUAAUAUAAAUUUUAUUCAUUUAUAUCAGUGUGACACGUUAUUUGUAAAGCUCUGAGUAAUACGUUAUACAGGGUGUCCCAGGACUUUUAAAUGUGUAAAUGUGUAAAUAAAAUAAAAAAUAAAAAUUAAAUUAAUUACUCUAAAGAACGUGUAGACUAAUAUUGUCAGAUGUCAUGCGCACGGCUGUCGUGCGACCGCACUUGCCUAUAGGCCUAUGAAUCAUAAUAAUAGUCUCUAUUCUAAAAAAUGGAUUAAAAUAUUUAAAAUUAUUUUAAAAAAUAAAAUCAUCAUUUG